AUGAAAGCAUCCUGGUAUCCUCGCAUAAUUGCUCAUCAUCCAUAUAUUAUUUUACUGGUCAUUUUUAUAUUCUCUUUAGUAUGUCUAAUUAUUCCGCUUACAACUGAAAAGUUUCCAGAUUUUACGGAUCCUCAAAUGGGUUUUGAAGCAAGAGGUACAGUUUUAGCGCAAAGACUGACAGCUUGGAAUCACUUAAUAGAAGCUACAAAAGGAAGAGGAGAACUUACUGAUAAUCCUUUAGAAUAUUAUCAAUACUUACGUCAACAGUCUAAUAUGCAAAAUCGUAGUUUAUCUACUCAGGGUAUUCUUAUAAAAAAACCAAAAAGUAAAAAUAAACAAAUGGGAAAGAAACAUGAAACAAUGUUAAAUAAUACAGACUAUAAAGAAGCCAGCGAAGAAGACAAAGAUACAUGGGAAGAAUUACUAGAAUUGAGAGAUACACAUAAUGCAGAUAUAGAGGAUGACAAGACUCAAGAUCAUCUUGAUAGUGAUAAUUUUUUCUGUAAUUUACCAACUUCUUCGUAUGCUCGUGUCGUGAUCGCUGUAGAUUCAGAGGAAAAAAAUUUAAAUUUGUGGUCUAUGGAGGGUGUAUUAGCUCAGUGUCACAUUGAUGGUGUACUUCGUGGAAACGUUCACUUUCCAUCUUUGUGCCAAACACAAAUCAAUCGCAAUGAUGCGGCAGAUCAUAAAUGUUGUAGAAGUUGGUCACCAGCUAACUAUGUGGCACUUUUAUCCAAUCGCAGUUCUUGUUUGGGAGUAACAGAAAAUGAUCUGAGCAGAGUAAAAACACUUUUGCAACAAUGCGCUUAUUAUUAUCAUAAUCGUCAGUUGACGCCUAACUGUGCAGAAGACUUCAAUUGCCAAAAACAUGUGCCAAACGAAUGCUACGUGAGAAAUGCGGCUUAUCAUUUACUACACUAUCUUUUAGACGUUAAUUUUAUUCCGAGUAAAACGGAUCCCAACAGCAAACAAAAUUCAACAUUGCAUUCUGCGAUGCUAUUUCUUCCAAUUGCGGCAAGCUCUGCGACUUUAGAUUUUUAUAAAGCAAUAGAUAAUAAUGAUUUAAUGUACGGAAACUUUCGUGUUCAAGGCAUUCAACUUGGUCUAAAAAGUACACUAUUUGAUCGCGAUAUAUUGUCUGAUUCGAGUCUGGUACUCGCCGGUUUUAUCUUUGUUAUAUUUUGUAUCUGGGCAUAUACUGGCUCUAUAAUAUUGACUAUAGCAACAUUUUUCGCAGUAGUAUUUAGCCUUGGCAUUUCAUAUGCAAUUUAUACUGUUAUUUUAUAUAUUAAAUUUUUUCCAUUUAUGAAUUUAUUGGCCAUUGUUGUAGCCGUAGGUAUUGGAGCAGAUGACGCAUUUAUUUACUGUAAGGUAUGGGAAUCUAAGAAAGAACAAAAACUUUCAAAUGACGGAUUAGUACAGUUGGUACAAGAAACAAUGAAACAUGCUUUUCCAGCUAUGUUUGUUACAUCUCUUACUACAGCAGUAGCUUUUUUUGCAUCAAUUGUUAGUAAUGUGACUGCCAUCAAUUGCUUCAGUUUAUUUGCAGGCAUGACAGUCAUUGCAAAUUUUUUCUUGAUGAUUACGUGGUUACCUGCAUGUGUGAUUGUAUCAGAGCAUUGUAAAUUAUCCACUCUAUCGCCUGUCAACUUUAUUACCAGAAGGAUUAUUCGCCCUUUACGAUCUUUGGGAGACAAAGUGACAGUAGGAUUUACCACCUUUCUUACUGGAUUAGUGCUUCGAUUACGUUGGUUUUGGUUAUUAAGUUUGGCAUUCAUGGCAUCAGCGUGUUGCAGUGUUGUCUUCCAUUAUCCGGGUUUGCAACUGCCAGAUUAUAUGGAUUUUCAAUUAUUCCAUGAUACACAUCCGUUUGAACAAUAUGAUCUAGUAUAUUCACGGAGAUUUUGGUUUGAACGAUAUGAAAUGGUUGGCGGAGAUGCUGAAGUUUUACCAUUAAGGUUUGUUUGGGGCAUAAAUCCAGUUGAUAAUGGUGAUUACCUUGAUCCUCGUAAACGAGGAAUACCUGAUUGGGAUGAUACUUUUGAUGUUUCUCAUCCAAAAUCUCAAAUAUGGCUUGAACAAUUUUGCCGAAAUUUACGGAGUCAACCUUUUUACCGUAGUACUACGGGACCUUUAUUAUCCAAUUGCUUUAUUGAACCAUUACGUGUAUGGAUGAAGAGACAUUGUAAGGAUCCUGUCGAUCCUCAGAUUGAGUAUGUACCAUGUUGCAAGAGCAAUAAAUUUCCCUACAAACCAAGCGUUCUGCAACAAUGUGCAGCUGAAGCUAGCGAUAGAAUAUAUCACACUCCUCAUUUGUGGUUUCGGACUGGUCCAAUUUCUGCAGGUCCAAAAUUUGUUAAAGAACCAUUAUUGUCCGCGCAGGCAUCAAACGAUACGUUUCCGAUUAAAGUAACACCAAAGAUUAAAGCGCUUAUUGUCGAAUAUGAUAGCACAUAUGCAUAUAGUCUCUCGUUUGGAAAUAUGGAUAAAUUUUUUAAUGAAGUUGAAAAUUGGAUGCAGAAUCAAUUACGAACUGCACCUCGAGGGAUGCGACGCGGAUGGUUUAUCAGCCAUCUAGAAUUUUACGAGCUCCAGCGUACACUAUAUCAUGGAACCUUAUAUGCGAUGGGAGUAUCGCUAACUUUGGCUCUAAUAGUAUUAGCACUGGUGACCUUAAAUCCUCUUAUUAGCCUGUAUGCAAUUCUAGCUAUUGGUGCUGUAAUAAUUGUAACCGUGGCAAUACUUAUUCUUCUUGGGUGGAAACUUAAUAUUUUAGAAAGCGUUGCAAUCACUACAGCAAUAGGACUUGCUGUGGACUUUAGCUUGCAUUACGCUGUGAGUUAUAAAUCAUGCGUCUCUGAGAAGAAAAUAGACAGAGUAAAAGAGGCACUACAACAAAUGGGUGGUCCUACUCUUAUGGCAGCAAUUACAAGCGGUGCUGCGGGCGCUUUAAUGUUACCUUCUCAUGUACUAGCAUAUAUACAAAUCGGUCUUUUUUUAGUGCUUGUAAUGGGAGUAAGUUGGAUAUAUGCAACGUUAUUUUUGUGUCCAAUGUUAGCAGUUAUAGGACCGUCUUCACAAUUUGCUCAGUUUGAAUAUCCCAGACUGAAAAUAUUAUCAAUUUGUUUUCGUAAAUAUGAUGAUGGCGGUGUAGUUAAAACCGACAAGGAUAACAAUCGAGCGAGGAAAGCUUAUAAAGGACGGGGAAUGCUUUCGGAAUCAACUCUAAGCACUUCUAGCUCCGUAUGUCAAUUUCAUUGCAGUGAAUUGGAAACUCUUGCUGCAAGGCCUCCAUCUCCGUCAUUGCCACCAUCUCCAUUAUCAACAUUACUUCGUUAAAAUAAUCACUAUUUAAUUAGA